GAGCUUACACAGGAAUGCAUCCAUCUCGGUUGAAGGUGGCUUCGAGCAAGCACCUGAAACAGAUGCGAGACAUUACCGUACGUGUUGCAGUUCUCUUCGUGUGCGGUCCUGGAGCGGGAAGCCUAUGCACGGGCAGUAUCGUCGUCUCACUGAGAAACCGCCUGUGGACAUGAAAGAGACCUACGGAUGGCUAAAGGCAGCGAAUCUUCCUGCUGCAACUGAGGGACUGGUUGUUGCUGCUCAAGACCAAGCUCUUCCGACUCGGUACUAUGAGCGCAAGAUUCUACAUCGUGACGUCAGUCCUACUUGCCGCAUGUGCAGUGUAGGCCUGGAAACAAUCGACCACAUUGUGGCAGGCUGUAGUGCUUUGGCACCGAUGGACUACACUGAUCGACACAAUCAGGUGACAUCCAUCAUUCACUGGGACGUUUGUCGCCAUUUUGGGGUUCCAGUGGAGAGCAGAUGGUACCGGCAUCAUCCUGAUAGGCUUGUGGAGACGGAUGACAUUACUAUGAUGUGGGAUACCACCAUCCCCACUGCCAGGAAGAUCAAAGCCAAUCGUCCAGACAUCUGUCUCACGAAUAGGAAGACAAACACUUGUCUUCUUAUUGAUAUCAGCUGUCCUGCUGAUGGCAACAUUGGCAAGAAACAUGCUGAGAAGUUGGCGAAGUACAGCGACUUGCGAGUGGAGAUAAGCCGCAUGUGGCAUUGUCGAACACUGGUGGUUCCGGUGGUCUUGGGAGCUUUGGGCACAGUGCACUCAGGUAUUACACGGUGGCUGGACAUUAUUCCAGGUCAUCACAACCUGCAGCACUUACAGAAAACAGUGCUUCUGGGAUCUACUCGGAUCCUUCGUAAAGUCAUGUCUUCUUUCUAGACAGCCGUGAUGGUCUAAGUACUUCUGAAGCAGGCCAGGGUUUGCUUCCGGUACUUGUAACAGACUUUACAAACCAGACUGAUCUGGUUGAACACAACACAUAAUAUGCAUAUUGAUGGAAGAUGGACGUCUAGCUGUAUCGCUCGUCUCAGAGCUAGCUGAGGAGCGCAUUCCUAGUCGGGAAACCAGAACAGGGCUCGAAAAGUCGGCUUCUGGAAUCACUGGAGCUGUUCGGGAGACCAAGAAUAGUUCUGGGCGUAGGACGACUGGUCGAACCAUCUCUCGUGCGGCGUCUGAUUUGAAUUUGACUUCAAAUCCUGCUGACGAGACUACUGUGAUGCCCACUGUUCCUAGCGAAUCUUUUGUUUCGGCUAACGGGAACGGCAAUGCAACAAGACGAUGGAAAUGGACGCGACAAAUGAAUAGGAAAGUGAUUUUUUGUUAUUACCACGUGCUGUUGUCAUGCAAGUUCCCUGCUUUUAGAAACCCAUGCAUCAGCUGUGAUGUGAGCGAAAUCCUUCUCUGACUGACGUCUCUGAGCAGCGUUUGGCAGACCAGAAGCAAUAUCUGCUAACUUCUGGAAGUCUGACUGAGUCAGAGUUGGAGGAGAUUAAACGCGAGGCCGCACAGGAUGGAAAGCCCGUCUCAGGUUUGUUAUCUGUUACGACUGAUGUUUGUCCUGGUGUGCAGAUGUCGACGUUGGAUGUGGUUUCUGCUCUAUCAGCUAAUAGUUCAGUUGUCAUGCCUUUGCCAGACUGCUGCCAAACGGAGGAUGGUCUUUCGCUUGAUAGUGAUUCUGCUAUGGACCCUGUACUUCGUUGAGAGUUUCUUGAGGAGUUGCAGAAAGUCAGGCAAAUUCGUAUCUGUGAGAGACAACGCCUUCCAAGGAUCUUGUGAACAGUGGAACCCUGAAACUUAUUGGUGAUCUCAACACGAUCAUUAAUUCGUUGAAGGUUGAACCAGAUAUGAGUGAAAUCAGUUACCUGGUAUACUCUGCUGCUUCGCUAGUGUCCAAAAGGCGGGGCUUAAAGACGACGAAGUCAACCAAUUCUCAAACACCGACAUGGAGACGAAGGCUGGAUAUGGAGAUUCUCACACUUCGACGUGCGAUCUCACUGUUGCUGGAGGUUAGAAAGGGUUCAUCGGGCAUUCGUAUGUUACAUGAACUUCGAGCAUUUCCUGUUUGGAGAGUUGUGAGGUCACCAUCAAUCGGUUGAAAUGGAACUUAAGUCCAAGGUCGAGCGGACCAGGAGGCUGGAGAAGAAUCGUAAGAGACUUCGCCAGAAUGGUUUGUUUCAACGAGAUGCUGGACGGUUGUACAGAGAGCUGGGUAAGCAGACUAUCCAGGUCACUUCCCCGCCAUCCGAGUCUGAGAUCGAGCCGUAUUGGGAUGGUAUCCUAGAAACUGAGGUACAUCACAACGAGUCUGCCUUCUGGCUGAGACGUCAAACCGAUGGUGAGACGCACCAGAGAGAUGAGCAGCAGUGGUUACCUCAGACAAUGAGGUCACUUCGUGUCUCAAAAGGAUGGGGAACUGGAAGUCUCCUGGUCCAGACAAGGUUUAUGGUUUCUGGGUCAAGCGUAUCACGUGUCUUCACACUGAUCUGUCUCGUAACUACAACCUGCUGGUUCAGAAUCCAGACUCUGUGCCCGAAUGUUUGUCUCAAGGAACAACCACUCUGAUUCCUAAGAAUGACAAGACUGGCCAAAAAUUACUGGCCUAUCACGUGUCUGUCUGUCUUCUAUAAGACCCUCACUUCAGUCAUCAGGCAGAGGAUUGCAGGGCAUUUGGUUCAGAAAAACCUUAUGGCUCCGGAGCAGGAGGGUUGUCGACAGGGAUCUUUUGGUGCAAAGGAUCAGCUGUCGAUCAACAAGCUGCUUACCGAAGACUGCAAGACCAGGCACAAGAGCUUGAGCAUGGCUUGGGUGGACUACCUAGAAAGCCUAUAACAGCGUGCCACACAUUUGGUUGCUUCAAUGCCUUUAGACGCAUAAGAUCAGUCCAGUCUUGUGCAGGUUCAUGUCACGUGUGAUGAAGAGUUGGAGGACAUCGAUGGUGCUUUCUUGCGGGAACAGUACGAUGAAGACAAGGCUUAUGCAGAUCAGGAGGGGUAUUCCAAGGUGACUCACUUUCUCCACUUCUCUUCUGUAUGGCUCUCAAUUCUCUGAGUAAGGAGUUGAACAGAACUGGUUACGGCUACCGGAUGACCACUGGGCAUGGUGAGACUGCCAAACAUCAGCUCGUAGAGGGACUUCUAAUGUUAACAAGGAAGGGAUGUAGUAUAGUAGAGCACGUGGGGCGUGGCGGCGUAGUUAGCAACAACGUGGAGCGCGGGUUAUAUAGUGCAAGAAUCAGAGUUACUACAGUUCUGUUGUUUGUUUGAGAACAGGCCUGGCAAUCGCAACUAUUUCAUGAACGUUUUGCGUAUCGUAUCUGAUUAACGUUUCGUGACUUUUAUCCGUUGUCUUUGCUUGGUUAAAUUGCUAUGUACAGUCAAUUGCAAAUACAUGCAGUACC